UGCCCAAAGAACCUGGCCUUCCAGCUGACCAACGUCUUUCAGUUUGGCGACAUUAAGUCACCCUAUGGCAACUGCGAGCUAGACACCAACGGCAGUGGCUACUCGUCUGGCGUGGCAAACUUUAACACUGCCGCUGGCGACACCUGGCAGGUGAUCCAGGCCUACCACAAUCUCACGGGCGGAAAUGACGAGUUUUCAAAGUACAACACUGUGCUUGGCGAACGAGCAAAAAACAGGGAUGGCUCUAUUGCCGGGUUAGAAGGCUUUUGCGAUGCGUGGAAGGCCCUUGCUUUGAACACAAAGUUUAUUUCGGCACAGGGCACGGUCUACGACAAUCUGUAUUUCACUCCGUCUCAGACGCAGGCCAAAACACUUGGACUCAAGCUCAGCGUCAGUCUAGCGGCCUUUUAUGACACCGCUGUUUCUCGUGGCUCA